AUGGAGCUGGAUGUGUUUGACACACAGAUGUUCAUCAGAUCAGGUAAAUGUCAACAGGAGCUCCUGCCAGAGAUCACAGACUACAGAAAAGUUCUGCUUAUUAAUUGCAGUCUCACUAAAAAGAGUUGUGCUACACUGGUAUCAGUUCUUGACUCUGAGAUUUCCAGUGUGAGACAACUUGAUCUGAGUGACAAUCAGCUGGAGGACUCAGGAGUGGAUCUGCUCUGUGCUGGACUGAAGAAUCCACACUGUAAACUGGAGACUCUGAGGCUUUCAGAUUGCAGGAUAACAGAGAAAGGCUGUGCUUCUAUUGCUUCAGCUCUAAACUCAAACCCCUUACACUUAAGAGAGCUGGACCUGAGUUACAAUAAAGUAGGAGACUCAGGAGCAAAGCUGCUUUCUGUUGUACUGAAAGAGCCACGCUGCAAACUGGAGAGGCUGAGAAUGAGAGGAUGUCGCAUCACAGAGGAGGGCUUUGCUAGUCUGGCUUCAGCUCUGACUGCAAACCCAUAUUACCUGACAGAACUGGACCUGGGAAAGAAUAACCUAGGAAUACCGGGAGUAAAGCUUCCCUCUGCCUUUCUAAAGGAUCAAUACUGUAAACUGCUUAACCUAAGUCUGCUGGACUGCUGGAUAGCAUAUGAAGGCUGUGCCUCUCUGGCCUCAGCUCUGAGUUUAAACCCAUCCCACCUUAGAGAGCUGGACCUGACCCACAAUAAGCCAGGCAACUCAGGAUUAUUGAGUUCAAAAAGUGCUCAGACCAGUAAAGUGAAGCUGAAUGAUGGCAGAUUUAUGCCACUGCUGGGACUGGGAACAUGGGGAGCAGAGGGCUCCUCGGGAUCAUGUAAAGCAGCGGUUGAAGCAGCAAUUGAUGCCGGAUACCGUCACAUCGACACGGCAUAUGCUUACCGCAACGAAAGCGAAGUAGGAAAAGCCAUUAACGGCAAAAUUAAACGAGGCGUCAUUCGACGCGAGGACAUAUUUGUCGUUACCAAGCUGUUUCCGACUCACUUUGCCCCUGAGGACAUCCCUAAAUGCUUCAAUAAAUCUUUCAGUGAUCUUCAGUUAGGCUACAUUGACCUGUAUCUGGUGCACUCCCCCAUGGGUCUUCAGAAAGUGGGAGAUGAACUCUUCCCAAUAAAAGAUGGAAAAAUACUCACCAAUGAAAUUGAUUAUGCGGACGUGUGGAAGGGGAUGGAGGCCCUGAAGGCUUCAGGGAAAGUGAGGAGUAUCGGUGUGUCCAACUUCAACGUCCAACAACUGGAGAGACUCCUUUCUGUGGCCAAGGUCCCACCAGCAGUCAACCAGGUGGAACUCCACCCUUACCUGGUCCAGGAAGAUCUGAUUAAGUACUGCAAAUCCAAGAACAUUGUGCUCACUGCCUACAGCCCCUUUGGCUCUCCUGGAAGACCCAAAGAAUUUCACCAAGGUGCCACAGACCCUGAGAAACUGUUAGAGGAUCCUGUUGUGCUCGAGAUCGCCAAGAAACAUGGUCGGACUCCUUCCCAAGUUCUGUUGAGAUAUCAUGUGCAACAGGACAUUGUAGUGAUCCCAAAGAGUGUCACCCCCAGCCGUAUCGUGGACAACUCAAAGAUCUUUGAUUUCUCUCUGUCUGAAGAGGACAUGAAGAGGCUGAAGUCUCUGGACCGUGGCUGGAGGGCCUGCGACAUGAAAAUCGCUCAGUCUCACCCAUUCUACCCCUACAAGUGAAAGACUCCAAGGACAGGACAGUUUUGACACAAGACAGCUGCUGUCCCCCACAGUGAAAAAUCAUCAGUACUCUUGAUUAUAUUCAAUAAAGAAAUUAGAGAUUCAGCCUAGUCAUGAAAUAACAUGUGUAGCCCAGAUAAAUGUUACUUUUCGUACGUAACAUGCAGUUUGUUUGCAUAUAUCUACGAAUGCUGUAAUGCUGAA